GUUCAACCCCCACCCUAGUUUUUUGUCACCACCCGAACCUAGAUCUAGUGCGCGGGCUAGUCGUGGCACGUAUACACGCGCAACACGCCGGUCAUAUCGUGGGGAGCUGAGCAGCCGGUCCAAAGAUUUCUAGAUGGGAAACGCGCUGUGUAAAGAGCCCCGGACGGGCUCGAACCCGGGCACGGGCAACACGUUCAGCAACCUUAGCAGCGUGAUCUGCCCGAACGGGCUCGGCAAAGGUAAAACACAUCCCAUGCGCAAGACAUACUUCACUCGCAGCGCAGUGGAUGCCUCGAAGAAGACAACGUCCGCAACCGGAUGGCAGAGCGUGGGUCUAUUCGUGCCAGAUGGUUCAGGGCGUCAGCAGAAGGUGAUCGAUACGCCACCGGUGGCGCCACCACGUAAGAAACGAGGAGCAACCUUGGACGGUCGUUACCGAUCCGAUGAGUCGCUUGGAGUGAAGAACGGUUUCCGGGAGGUGUUCGGACGAGAGAGCCGUCGUCAUUCGUGUGAACUUCCGGCGGCCGUCACACGACCAGCCAGUGUACCACCACCUCGACCGGAAGUGGCCGCCUUACCAGCACGCCAAACGUCCUGCUUCGAGAUAGACGCCAGUAACGACGCAUUCAGUGAUUUCUCUAAGGUACCGACGACGGCAGAGCUGGAGAAAACGCCCUGUACGUCGCAAAUCCCACGCGUUGGAAACCGGAAAUCGGACAAGUUUUUCGGGGAACGUCUAGCAGACUCACUCUCUCUCGAGCGGGAAUCGGCUGGAUCUACAGCACCACAGGUGGAGCAGAAACGACGCAGCGAAAGAACGACCCCACCACGGGAUGACGUCGACAAGAUCGAGAAGUUUGUCGAGCAGAACAAAACGGCUAACGCUGCAGAACAGCAGAAAGUCGACAAGCGAUCGGAGAAACUCGAAACGAGUGUCCCAAAGAUAGAUACCGAUCCGGUGAAAGCUGAGGGUGAAGAUUUGAUGAAGUACAUCGAUCGUACGGUCAGCGGAGACAAUCAGAUCGGUCGGCGGGCAGAGUUCCUGAUGGCCAUGCUGGAGGACUACAACGACAGCGUGCGAUAUUCUGGCAUGGAACCGGUUGAGGAACCUCUGAUCGUGCCGAAACGGCGCAAGAGCAAACACAUCUGCGAUGAUCAUGAUCACAUGCACAACAAGCUUCAGGAUCACGAGAGAGAAGCAUCCGCAGGAAGCAUGAUCCGGACGGAAGUCUCCAUUGAGCAGGCUCCACGAAAGCCGAGUCGGGACUUUUCACGCUACAAACCGAUUGACGUAGAGGAUCCCUCCGAGGGAUCGGACGCUGAUGGCAAGAGCAAUGCCGUGCGACCUGUUCGAACUAAGCAACGAGUGAAGACUCGAGAUAAACCACUUUCAUCGCCUCCACCGCCACCACGAAAGUUCCAGAAGAGUCACUCCGAGACGCAGUUCACUGAGAUGUCCAAACCACCUCCGGCAUCACCUACGGAACAGGAUGCUCAGCCCAAGGUACACACGCCUCGCACGCUCAAGCGCAUCAUCUCCAUGCCGACGACAACGGACUACUUUGGCGCGGGCAAUAGUACACCUGGACGUUCAGACACUCCUCAGCGGCCGGUACUGAUGAAGAGCUCGAGUUCCAGCUCGUUCUCGGGUGUUGAUCUACAGCGUACGCGCAUCAGCGUCACUCGUUUCACGCCGGAGGACUACGCCAUUCAUCACUCCUCGGGAGCGGACGAUCUGGUAAAGCCCAAGUCCAAGCUGACGACGCGCAAAAUUUCAUGGAAAUCUAACGAGCCGCCUGCCAUCUGUCGCACGCCAACUCCAACACCAGGCGAUCAGCCUGGUGAAAGUGCAAGCUUCACGAUCGGUGGCACAGCGGUGGUAACUUCUGGUGGCGAUGGUCCGUUACUUAGUCCUCCUGAGAUACCGCAUCGCAAACGCUCAGAUGUAUCUACCGGGCAGGAAUCCGUUGGCACCCUCGAACGCCAGGAACCCGCUGAAGAUUCGGCACCGGAAGCGAUGACGAAUGCCGGACACGAUCACGAGGAUUCCAGUUUGCGGCAGUUCUGUCUGGGAUCGUUCAUCGAGUCGAGCAGGGUGUUGCAACACCACGACGUGGUCAACGUGCUAGAUCGCGUGUACAGCGCAUCAGAUAAGAAAGAGAACAUCAUAGAGCAGUUCCAGUCGUUCCUAGAGGACGCGAUCAGCUCCGAGCUGAGUGAACCGAAUCCAACCAACCCGAAUGUGUCCAAGCUGCUGGAGAAGUUGUCCCAGACUAGCUCGAGCAGCCAGCUGGAGAACGAAAAGCUUCAGCUAGUUGGUUCGAGCCACUCCUCGAUGUCUGAAGUAGACGACUGUUUCGAUCCCGAAUUCGAGAAGAUCGAAAAGUCAGAAAUUGUGGGCGAUCUGCCGAAGAUCGAUCACGUGCCCAAGCACGCUGGCAGUAGGCGACGUGACAGCAUCGAGUAUAUGAGUGAUUGGUUCGGGGGUGACUCGGACGGUUCCACUACAACGCUGUCGGUUGGUGCAGGCAGUGAGGACAGGGGCAAUGAACAACGAAGCACCGUCAAACCGCUGGCCAUCCACCCGCGAUUUAGCUCGCGUAAGGAAAGCAUCGAGGACGUCGGUGGUUGGUUCUCGAACCACAAUGUGCUUCGACCGUCCUUUGGGGAGGAAUUCGAACCAAAUCGCCGCUUACGGCGCGGAUCUGAUGGAUUCCUUGGGUACGACCUACAGCGCCAGUAUCCUUUUGGAAAAGGGCGCGAUCGAUCCGACUCGCUAUCGGCUGAGAUGUUCGAGGAUAUCACGAAGCUGCAGGAGGAGCAUAGUAAUCAACCGCCACGGACGAUUCCACUGAACCCGCCCCGAAAGAAGGUGCUCGAACACCGCAACAGUUCCGAUGCGUUGCUGAUGAAGGUCCUAAACAAACCGCAUCUCGCAACGAACCUCCAUCACCAUCACAGUCAGGGCGAGGACGUCAAACCGAAUCGCACACCGGAACCGGCACAACACGUGGACGAGAGUAACCCACUGCUGGAGGCACCCGAGGACAAAUUAGCAACGACGGAAGAGGAACCAUCCCGCGGACCAGCUCCGAUAGCGCAGAGUGAAGAGCGCGAUCACAGCGAACAUUCCACGUUGCUGAAGUUCCUCUCGAAGGAGAAACUCGUCGAGUGACCACGCCGCAAGGAGGAACCCUGCGAAGCCCUUCAUGGGAAGCCGCAAUGAAUUAGUCAGUAUUAUACGUUUUACCGCACGCUUGUUUCCAGCGUAAAAGCAUCACCAGGUGGGUCUGUUCCAUAGGAGUGCACCGCCAGAUAUGUUGUAUAACACGUUCUUGCCUUUUUAGUGAUAGAAUAAACUUAAUUC